AUGUCGGUUUAUUACUGUGGGUACCCUCGGUAUACACUGAGAAGGGGCUUUCAUCAUUCUAGGAGUGUCGAUCGUGGUAAACUGGUUCCAAAGGUUAGCAAUAAAGAUGAUUCUACAUUUAGAGUCAUUGCUACUUAUGACAAAGCUCACCAACAGAUCUGUGACAUCUUACAGUGCCACUGGUCCAUCCUGCAGUCAGACCCAGAUGUUGGGGCACUGAUACCUGACCGUCCAUCAUUUACGUAUCGUUGUAGCUCCAACCUACGUGAUCAUCUGGUACACAGUCUAUAUACACACCCUAAACCUGAAACCUGGUUAAAGAAAACAUUGACGGGCACAUUUCCCUGUGGCUCCUGUAUAAUGUGUAGCAAUAUCAUGAAAGGAGCAUUUUCUGUAAGCCAUACUACAGGAAACAGGUAUAACAUACUCUCUUAUACAUCUAUGGGCAUUGUGUACCUUAUUAGCUGCCGAUGUGGCCUACAGUAUGUCGGCAAAACAAAAUGUGAGCGAAGGAGGAGGUUUUGUGAACAUCUGUCAGACAUUCGUAAUCAGCGGGACACAUCUGAGGCACGUCAUGCUGCAGAAUGGCUAUGCCUAAAUUGCCAGACACAAAGGGCACUCUCAGGACAGCUUGGGAAUUUUGACAAGAUGACCCAACCAUUAGGCCUAUCCUCCAAGUCUUCACCAAAGCAUCAGGUUCCAGCAGACCAACUGCAAAAACCUUCAACACCAAGUUUGAAGCCAAGUGAGAAAACAACUGAUCAAGUAUUAAAAAAGGAAAUUAGUAUACUUCCAGAAGGAAAACUUGGACAGAUUGAUAAUGUUUUGGAUCAAGGGAGCAAAGAUGUCAAGCUUGUAGACUGUAAGCCUGUAGUAAUGAAGGAAGAUGUAGUGUUAGUGGCCCCUGUAAUAGCAGAGGUGCUAUCUUUAAAUGACCACAAACAAGAAACUAUACAGGAGACUUCAUUACUAGCAGCAGAGCAUUUACAGUCUAAAGAGAAAAUGACGCCAAAGGAAGAUUUGAUGAUUGACCUUUCAGCAACAGCUUUGAAAGAAAUUGAUGGAGGAACAUUUGAGGAGAGAAUUAAACCUGGAGCAAGCCAACUCACGGAUCAUGAAACUGGAAAAGAAAAGACUGAGAAGGAAGAUGACAAAUCUGAUACUUCAAAUUCUCAGCAGCAGAAAAGCCCACAGGGACUAAGUGAUACAGGCUAUUCAUCAGACGGUAUAUCUGGUUCUCUUGGAGAAAUUCCAAGUCUAAUACCAAGUGACGAAAAAGAUUUGAAUAAGGAAGCAACAAAGAAAGAUUAUCUUUCACAUGAAAGUAGUCCUUCUAGCCCUUCAGAUUUAGCAAAAUUGGAAAGUACAGUUUUAUCAAUCUUAGAAGCCCAAACAAGUGUUUUUGUUGAUGAAAAGUUACGAAAAGGUACUGAUUUGUAUGGGAAAUAUGCUGAACAGACUCAAAACAGAAGUAGAACUAAGACAUUGCCAAUCACGCCAGAAUCCUAUAGUUCAGAAGAAGAGCUUGAAGAUUUUAAUGAAGAUGAAGAUGAAACACUAGAAGAGAAUGGAAAAAGGGGGUUUCCGACCCGAAAAGUUCAAAAAGAUGGCAUAAACACAGCAAAAGAUAUAUCUGUACGCAAACGACAGGAUUCAAUAGAUGACAGUAGUGAAAGUGAAAAUUCACCAGUUCCACAGAGAAAAAGAAGACCUAGCAAUGGAUCAUCAAGUAGUGAUGACUUUAGACAUGAUGACAGUCAGGGAUCUGGAGAUGAUGAAGAUUUUAUCCGAAAACAGAUUAUUGAAAUGAGUGCUGAUGAGGAUGCAUCUGGCUCUGAAGAUGAGGAAUUUAUUAGGACAAAAUUAAAAGAAAUAAGUGCUCAUGAAAGUCAGAAUAAAGAAUAUAAAACAAAGCCAAUACCAGCAAAGAGCAAGAGGUUAACUAAAAAAAGCAGUGCAAGCUAUGAUGAAGAUGGUAUUAGACGACAUUCAUGGCAUGAUGAUGAUGAAGAGGAUGAAGAAGAGCAAACAUAUAAUGAAAGCCCUGAACCAAAAUUUAGAGAAACUAAAAGUCAAGAAAAUGAAGAGCUUUCAGUAAGUACUGGUGGAGGUCUUAGAAGAUUUAAAACUAUAGAGCUUAAUAGCACAAUGUCUAAUUCGUACACUGAGGACUCUAGCAAACCAUCAACCAUAUUAUAUUAUGAUGAAGAGCCAGAAUUGGAGAUGGAAAGUCUAACAGAUUCGCCUGAAGACAGGUCACGUGAAGAAAGAUCAUCAAGUCUCCAUGCUUCCAGUUUUACUCCUGGUACCUCACCAACUUCUGUUUCAUCCCUUGAUGAAGACAGUGACAGUAGCCCAAGUCACAAAAAGAUAUCAGGAGAAAGCAAACAGCAAAGAAAAGCAAGGCAUCGAUCUCAUGGACCAGUUCUACCCACUAUUGAAGACUCUUCUGAAGAAGAAGAAUUAAGAGAAGAGGAAGAACUUUUGAAAGAGCAGGAAAAGCAAAGAGAAUUGGAGCAGCAACAGCAACAAAGAAAAAGUUCUAGUAAAAAAUCAAAAAAAGACAAAGAUGAACUAAGAGCACAGAGAAGGAGAGAGAGACCAAAGACACCUCCGAGCAACUUAUCUCCUAUUGAAGAUGCUUCUCCAACAGAAGAAUUGCGUCAAGCAGCUGAAAUGGAAGAACUUCAUAGAUCUUCAUGUUCAGAGUAUUCACCUAGUAUUGAGUCAGAACCAGAAGGAUUUGAAAUAAGUCCUGAGAAAAUAAUAGAAGUUCAAAAAGUUUAUAAAUUACCUACGUCAGUAUCAUUAUAUUCUCCUACAGAAGUAUCCCCUAAUGUUCCAAUAGUAGAGAACAAAAAUGGACAGCAGAUUCUAAAGAGUGCUGAGGAAGCUUAUGAAGAUAUUUUAUGUAAAGCAAAAUUAUAUCACAGUGACAAGGAAAAAGAAGAAGUCUUUGAAAAAGAACCUUUAUAUGGGGGGAUGUUAAUUGAAGAUUAUAUCUAUGAAUCCCUAGUUGAAGAGAAUUAUGAUGAAAGCUUGGAUGCUAAUAUGAUAAGCAGUCAACAUCAUGUGUUUCACCAGCAAUUACAAGAAGUAAGAAACAAUUCUGGAGUUGAUAUUCACACCACUAUCAAUCAGACUAUUGCAAGUGUAGAUGGUAAAUGCUUCAAAACAGAAGCAUUCCAUUCUAUGGUGCCCCAAGAAGACAUUGUUUCAAGUUCUUACAUUGUCCCAGAAAGCCAUGAAAUAAUUAUUUUAGAUAACAUAGAUGACAAACAAAGCUAUGAUGAUACAACUGGCUUUUAUAACAUUAUUACUAGUCAGGACAUGCAGCUAACACCAGGACCCAGUCCUACUCAACAUAAAAACGAGUUUAGCAUAAAAACUGAGCAUUCAUCUUCUAUGCAUUUCUAUAAAUCUGAAAAUAUCAUACUUACUGCUUCAGUGGAGUCAUCCUCUCUUAAUUCAAUGUCUAUUCCUGAUGUUAAAAUAACUCAGCACUUCACUGCAGAAGAACCUGAAGAUGAUGUAGUUGUUGAUUAUAGUAUAGAAAGAUCCUCUGAAUCUUCAAAUGCUGAGAGUGUUUUAAUAUCUGGUUCUUUUAUAUCACAGAGUGACACCCAGCAUAAUGAAACUUCAGCGCAAAGUUCAACUUCUGAUGUAACUACUACAGAUCAUGUAGUAAUUUCAGUACCUGAUAUUGCUCUAAUUACAACUGCCCAAACUGUACCAAUUUCUUCUGUUGGGUGUACCAUGGCAACAGAAACUUUUGGAAAUGUUACUGUACUAUCAGAAGGGGAAAGCAAUGAUUAUCCAAGAGAUACAUCAAAUGCCAUUUCUGGGUCUCUAGUAAAUCACAUGCAGCCAGUAAUCACUGAGUGCAUAGUGUCAACAAAGCACAUAGUGACUUCAACAGCAAUUACACAUGCAACAACCACUGCCACUAAUUUGCAAUCAGUCAUAUCAUUAGCUCCAUCAGUCACAUCAAAAGUAAUGUCUUUCUUUAAAAGUUCUUCUGAUGCUACUGACUCUGUAACAACUGAAACUUCGGUUCCUUCACCACCCCCUCCACCACCACCAUUACCUCCAGCAGCAUCCCCAAAGCCAACAUUAAGCUCCAAAAGGCCAGCACCUAAAAUUCCAACAACGGCAAAACCUUCUACAAUAGGACAGAAAAGUGAAAUAAAAAUGAAUUCAACUCCUACAGCCAAGCCUCACGCUCCACCUCCACCUGUCCCACCAAAGCCAUCUUCUAUUCCAGCUGGACUGAUAUUCAGUCAUAAAAUAAUUGACGUUUCAAAACCCCAGAAAGUAACAAAACCUGUACAUUAUGAGCCUUCAAUUGCUGUCCAAAAGAGAACAGAAGCACAACACAAAACACCAGAACAUUCCAUACAAACGAGUAUGACUUUAAACUUGGUUUCAUCUACAGAGUAUCAGUUACCUUCUCCAACAUCACCUCUUUCUCCCCAUUCUAAUAAAUCAUCACCAAGAUUAACCAGACCAUCUCAAGAAACCUAUGUUGUUAUUACUUUGCCAUCUGAGCCUGGUACCCCAACCGAAAAUGAUUCAUCUCUUACAACAACAUGUUGGCCUCUAAAGACAUCUGUCCAUGAACAUGUUCCACAGAUAACACAAACAGUGUUUUCUACCACACCUUUCAGUAUGAAUAAAAGUGUGACCGUAAGUCAGCCAUUAGACAAUCUGCACAGUUUAUCACACACAACAUUAGAAGAUGCCAAGACAUCUGUUUCUUUGCCUCAAAGCGCUGUCUCUGAAUUCAAUUGCAUUCCAGAUGUUCUUCCAAGUGGAAGAAACAUUACAGUUCAAUCUCGGUUAAAGCAAGUUGGAAAAUCUAUAGAAUCUAAUGAUAUAAUAGACCUACGCACUUUGAACAAGAUGGACUAUAAAGUCAAAGAUAUUGAGACUGAUAGUUGCAUGGACCUGUCUUCAACAACAACUGAGGGAAAAUGGCAGUCUACUACUCUCACUUCUGUGACUCGACCUAUAAGUACUGUCCAACCUGCUAUAGUAAACCUUAGUACUGCAUCUCCAAUAGUUUCAUCUAUAUUACUUGCUACUGAACCCAUUACAGUAAUGACAUGCUCAACAACUGUAAGUUAUACAACAAGUUUGGAGAGUCUUGUUGAUUUAGGAAAUUCAAUGAAGGAACCAUUAAAACUGACAACUUCUAAACAUUAUGAACAGGAAAAUGGGUCAUAUCCUGUGGAUGUGGAAGUGCCAAUUAACUUAUCUGUGGGUGUCCUGACCCACUCAGUAGCCGGAUCAACAAAAAAACUUUUUCCAGCUUCUUCUGUUAGUGUAACAAAUAGCUCUACUGAUCUUUCUACUUCUCAAGAAUCAGUAGACAGCGGAGUAGUGGAUCUUAGCACAACAAAAUUCCUUAGAACAAUGGUAACUGUGGAUGAUGCAUUGUCAACAAUUGUCACAGAAAUAAUUGAAGAUGAUAAACCUGUAGACUUAACUGCAGGUAGACGAGCUGUGUGUUGCGAUGUAGUAUAUAAAUUGCCUUUUGGAAGAAGUUGUAUUUCGCAACAACCAUCCACUACUUUACCGGAAGAUCGUUUUGGAUAUAGAGAUGACCAUUAUCAAUAUGAUCGUUCAGGUUUCAGGGGGGUUGGGGGUAUGAAACCUUCUAUGUCUGAUACAAAUUUAGCUGAAGCAGGACUAUUUUUGUACAAAAGCAAAAAUACUUUUGAUUACCCAGUUGGAAUAGCUGAUGUUGCUGUAGACCUUACAUCUGGCAAAAUGACUACAGGUGAGGCUUUGGAUUACCAAACCAAGACUACAGGUUCUUACCCAGAGACACGGCAAGUCAUUUCUGGCCUUGGGAUAAGUGCUCCACAGUAUUCACAAGCACGUAUGACUGCUUCUAUAGUCCCACCAUAUGUUAUGGGAAGUGUUUUACGGUCAUCUAAUGGAGUUGUUUAUUCAUCAGUUACCAGUCCAAUUCCUUCAACUUUUGCAAUCACCACACAACCUGGCUCUAUAUUCAGUACAACAGCAAAAGAUUUAUCUGCAUUUAUUACUACUGAUGCAGUUACUUCAUUCUCAAGUUUAAACCAAACUCAGCCACUGCCAAGAACAUAUAGCAUAUUAACAUCAACAGUGGGAGAUGGUACAGAUGUAAUGUCUGUGAUUGAUAGUACUUUGCAAGCUUUUCCUGUGGAUGUUGCAUCAAGUGCACAAAGUGAACUUGUUUCCAUUUUGACAUCAGAAUCAGAAACUUUCUCAGAAAUAGCUGAAGAUGAGUCUUCCUUUAUAAUGCCAUCUGAUGAUGGUAAGCAACAACAGCUACAUUUACAGCGUGAGCUUCUAGAGCUGGAAAAACUGAAACAGCAGAGAUUAGCUGAGGAGCUUGAAUGGGAACGUCAGGAAAUUCAAAGAUUCAGAGAACAAGAAACUUUUAUGGUUCAAAAAAAACUUGAAGAAUUACAGUCAAUGAAACAACACCUGCUUUAUCAACAGGAAGAAGAGAGACAAGCUCAGUUCAUGAUGAGACAAGAAACCCUGGCUCAACAACAGCUACAUCUUGAGCAAAUUCAGCAACUUCAGCAGCAACUCCAUCAGCAAUUAGAGGAACAAAAAAUACUGCAAAUGUACCAGUAUGGUUAUGACUCUGAAAAUGUGCCACCUCAAACCACCACUGAGCAAGUGAUUUUAGAAGGGCAAUAUUCAGCACCAGAGGAAGGACAGUUCUGGACUGGUGAUCAUACUGCAACUACAUCAUCAGCAGUAGCAGGAAUAGAAAUGACACCAAGUGAUGCAUGGUAUGCUGUACAGUCAGAUAGCGGUCCACAAUAUAUUUCAAGACCUGGAAUACUAAAUUCUGUUUCAGAAUUGUCACUAAAAGAUGUGGAUAUUAAUGAUGAAAGGCAGCUUAAAAAAAGAAGUUCCAUGCCUAGACUGUGUGGUAUGUAUGAUGAAAUAGAUGGAAAUAUGCAAGAAGAAGCAAGAUCAUACAAACUAAUUGUUGAUAGUGGAGUUCAAACUGAUGAUGAGGAUGGAAAUGAUAAUCGGUAUACUGGCAGAAGAAGAAGAUCCAAAAAAGGCAUUGAUACAAGUGUUCAGACUGAUGAUGAGGAUCAAGAUGAGUGGGAUAUUCCCACAAGAUCAAGAAGAAGGUCACGUGCAGGAAAAUACAGUGAUGGAAACACGGAUGCUGAUAAAUCUAGACCAUUUUCCAAAGUAUCUAGUAUAGCUGUGCAAACUGUUGCAGAAAUUUCAGUGCAAACGGAACCCCUUGGCACAAUAAGAACACCGUCAAUAAGGGCUAAAAUUGGUUCAAAAGUUGAAAUAAUUAAACAUAUUUCUGCUCCAGAAAAGAGUUACAAAGGUGAAAGCUUGGGCUGCCAAACAGAAACUGAUUCUGGUAUACAGAGUCCACCAUAUCUAAAUGACAUAUCACAAAAAGAUAAAAGACGUCCAACACCUUUAGAAAUAGGUUAUUCUUCUCAUCUUCGGGCUGAUACAUCCCUGCAGGUUGCACCUUCUCCUCCUAAGUCUCCUAAAGUUCUUUAUUCACCAAUUUCUCCACUUUCCCCUAGCAAAGCUCUAGAAUCUGCUUUUGUUCCCUAUGAUACAACAAUUGCGGAUGACAUUAGCACUCACAAGCCGCAUGCUGAUAUUGUGCAGAUUCCACCGACAAGUCCAAAAUCUGCAAAGGUUAUGCAACGCUCUAUGUCAGAUCCAAAACCCUUAAGUCCGACUGCAGAAGACAUUGCGAGAGCACAGUUUCAGUACUCAGAUGGAUAUUCAACUAAAGGCAAUCAAAGUGGUACUCAAAAGAAGGUUAAAAGAACACUUCCAAACCCUCCACCAGAAGAAGCUGGCAAUAUCUUGCAGUCUACAUACAGCACAGUUGGAUCUUUAUCCCGGAGAAGAAUUUGUAGAACUACAACAAUGGCUCGAGCUAAAAUUCUUCAAGAUAUUGAUAGAGAAUUGGAUCUCGUUGAAAGAGAAUCUUCCAAACUGCGCAAAAAACAAGCUGAGUUGGAUGAGGAAGAAAAAGAAAUUGAUGCAAAACUGAGAUAUCUGGAAAUGGGAAUAAACAGGAGAAAAGAAGCUUUGUUAAAAGAGAGAGAAAAGAGAGAAAGAGCUUAUCUACAAGGUGUUGCUGAAGAUCGUGAUUACAUGUCAGAUAGUGAAGUUAGUAAUACAAGGCCAACUAGAAUUGAAAACCAUCUUGGUUUAGACAGGCCACAAACAGCACCAGAAACAGAAUAUAGUCCUUAUUUGCCACCACAGACUCAGCCAGAAACUCAAUUUGCACCGCAGACAAGUCCUUACACACAGUACCAAUAUCAGACCCCUACUUUACUAACUCAGGCCCCAACACAAUUUCCUCAACAGUCCCAUUACCAACCAUCUUUAUACCAUCAGCAAGUUUCAUCAUACCAAACCCAGCCAACUUUUCAAACUGUUCCAACUGUGUCUUUUACUCCUCAACCACAGUCCACAUCAAGUCAGCAACCAUCUUAUCAACACCCUUCACAGUUAUUACUAUUGCAGCAAAAAGCAAGACAAGGUGCAUUAGAUUUAGACUCUAAAAUAACAUCACAUUAUGAUGUCUUAAGAAACCAACCUCUUAUAAUUGCACCUGUUUCUACUGACAGCAGCUACUCUGUUUCUCAUCUUGGCAGCAAAUAUAGUACUUUGGAUUUACGGUUAGGCUUGGAUGAAAAAAGUAGCAUGGCAAGUAGUCCAAUGUCUAGCAUAUCUGCAGAUUCUUUUUAUGCUGAUCUAGAACAUCAUGCUUCCAGGAAUUAUGUUCUAAUUGAUGACAUCGGGGAACUUACUAAAGGUUCAGGCUCCAUGAGUUCUGCAUUUGGACUACAUGAGAAAGAGCUUUCCAAAACUGACCGUCUACUUCGAACUGUGGAAUCUCGAAGAACUCCUGAAGUAACAGACUUUUUAGCACCCAUUUCAACUUCUACCAGAUUGCAUGCAUAUGGGAAAGGAGAUGAAGAUUCCAUGGAAGAUCCAUAUGAGCUAAAACUUCUCAAACAUCAAAUAAAACAAGAAUUCCGUAGAGGUACAGAGAAUUUAGAUCCUUUGGCUGGCUUUUCACCUUACUAUCAUUCAGAUAGUCUUUACAGACACUUCCCUAAAAGUGAGAAAUACAGCAUUAGCAGACUCACACUAGAAAAACAGGCUGCUAAACAGUUACCACCUGCUAUACUGUAUCAAAAACAACCCAAGCAUAAAAAAGCAUUAAUAGAUCCAAAGAUUUCAAAGUUUUCACCAAUUCAGGAAAGUAGAGAUCUAGAACCUGACUAUUCCAGCUAUCUUUCUUCUAGUACAUCUUCAAUUCCAAGUAUAUCUUCAAAGGUAAGACUACUGCAGGAUGAUAUCACAUAUGGCUUGAGGAAAAAUAUUACAGAUCAACAAAAAUUUUUGGGCCCUGCCAUGGCUCAAAGCCUUGGGUCAACACAUAAUACAAAUAUAAGAACUGCAAUGCAGGAUGAAGUCGAUAAGCCCUAUGUAAGUGGUAGUCGAUCACGUCCUUCAUCCAGACCAUCAUCUGUUUAUGGUCUAGAUUUGUCAAUUAAAAGAGACUUAUCUAGUUCAUCUUUAAGACAGAAAGCUAAUGAGACAGAAGCAUUAGAGGGAACUUUCAGCCAUGUAGCACCUUCCGGAAGAACAAAACCAUCUAGUCUUCCUAUUAGUCAAAGUAGGGGAAGGAUUCCAAUAGUAGCACAGAACUCUGAAGAAGAAAGUCCAUUAAGUCCUGUCGGUCAACCAAUGGGAAUGGCAAGAGCUGCAGCUGGACCUUUGCCACCAAUAUCCGCAGACACCAGGGAUCAAUUUGGGUCUAGUCAUUCUUUGCCUGAAGUACAACAGCACAUGAGAGAAGAAUCCAGGGCUCGUGGCUAUGAUCGAGACAUUGCAUUCAUUAUGGAUGACUUUCAGCAUGCCAUGUCUGAUAGUGAAGCCUAUCAUCUGCGCCGUGAAGAAACAGAUUGGUUUGACAAGCCUAGAGAAUCCCGGCUGGAAAAUGGGCAUGGAAUAGAGCGAAAACUACCUGACAAAUUAGCACACACAAGGCCAGCUCAUCCACAGGAACAAUAUAUCCUCCAGAUAAAUGGAAAGCCUAUCCACUAUCCAUUUCCUCAUGCAAGAGUUAAACUUCAGAGGGAUCCAAAGGACCAUUCAGUAUCAGGAAAUGGAUUUGGAAUAAGGGUUGUUGGUGGAAAAGAGAUUCCUGGAAGUCAGGGAGAGAUUGGAGCUUAUAUUGCCAAGAUUUUACCUGGUGGAAGUGCUGAGCAGACAAGCAGACUCACCGAAGGAAUGUUGGUUUUAGAGUGGAAUGGCUUCCAAUUAACUGCAAAGACAUAUGAAGAAGUUCAGAGUAUCAUUAGUCAGUCAAGUGGGGAAGCAGAAAUUUGUGUAAGACUGGACAUUAGCAUGUUAUCAAGUUCUGCAACUCCACAGAAUUUAGAGCUGCAUGACCCAGGGAAGGCUGUAGAGAAAACAAAGUCCCCCGGAGUGGAUCCCAAAAAGCUAGCAGCUGAACUCCAGAAGGUAUCCCAGCAGCAGACAACUUCUGUUGUCUCAUCUGCAACGGAGAAAGGAUCCUAUAUUCAUUCAGGAACAACAUCAGCAGCCUCCAGUGCAGUACCCAGUCCUGGGCAACCUGGCUCCCCUUCUGUAAGCAAGAAAAGGCACAGCAGCAAGUCCACUGAAGCUGUGAAGGCAUCCUCCCACCCAAUUACUGGUGAAAUCCAGCUUCAAGUUAAUUAUGACAAGCAUCUUGGUAAUCUCAUAAUCCACAUACUACAAGCAAGGAAUCUUGUUCCCAGAGAUAACAACGGUUAUUCAGAUCCUUUUGUGAAAGUGUAUCUUCUUCCAGGAAGAGGCCAAGUUAUGGUUGUCCAGAAUGCCAGUGCUGAAUACAAACGAAGAACAAAAUAUGUGCAAAAGAGUUUAAACCCGGAAUGGAAUCAGACGGUGAUUUACAAGAGUAUCUCCAUGGAACAGCUGAAGAAAAAAACAUUGGAAGUUACUGUAUGGGAUUAUGAUAAAUUCUCUUCAAAUGACUUUCUUGGUGAGGUAUUAAUAGAUUUAUCAAAUGCCUCCUAUCUUGAUAACAUGCCACGAUGGUACCCAUUAAAGGAGCAAAGUGAAAGUAUUGACCAUGCCAAGUCUCACUCCAGUCACAGCAGUCCACAAGUACCAAAGCCAUCAGUCAUUAAGAGCAGAAGUCAUGGAAUCUUUCCAGAUCCAGCUAAAGAUAUGCAGGUUCCAACUAUAGAGAAAUCUCAUAGCAGUCCUGGUAGCUCAAAAUCUUCAUCUGAGGGACACCUUCGUUCACAUGGACCAUCACGUAGCCAAAGUAAAGGCAGUGUCACUCAGACCCAUCUAGAAGAUGCUGGAGCAGCCAUCGCUGCUGCCGAAGCAGCUGUCCAACAGCUUCGUCUUCAACCAACGAAAUCAGCAACUCAUAAGACUACUGAAUCCACAGUGUCCACAACGUCAUCAGUCAGUAGUUUUGGCAGCGGGUACAGUAUGGACAGUGAUAGUAACACCACGCAAGGGGACAACAAUCUGUUUCAAGUUCCAAGAAUUGGUAAAAUGAGCCAAAAUGGACAAGACCAGACUGGAUUGGGCUUGACUGAAGCAGAAGGUAAAACCCAAGUCAUGGGUGAAAUCAAAAUUGCCCUAAAAAAAGAGAUGAAGACAGAUGGGGAGCAGUUGAUUGUGGAGAUUCUACAAUGCAGAAAUAUCACAUAUAAAUUUAAGUCUCCAGAUCAUCUGCCAGAUCUUUAUGUGAAGCUCUACGUCAUUAAUAUAGCAACACAGAAGCGAAUAAUAAAGAAGAAGACCAGAGUUUGUAGGCAUGAUCGGGAACCUUCAUUUAAUGAGACAUUUCGGUUUAGUAUGAGUCCCGCUGGGCAUUCUUUGCAAAUUUUACUCGCCUCAAAUGGAGGAAAAUUUAUGAAGAAAACGCUGAUUGGUGAAUCUUACAUCUUGCUGGACAAAGUGGACCUUAGAAAAAGAAUAGUAAAUUGGCACAAACUUUUAGCCAGCUCUACUCAGACACAUUGAUCAACAGUCUUUGCUGGGGGCACAAUGUCAGGAUAGGGUUUAAAUAAAAUUGAAGACCGCCUAGGAAGCAGAAUAUGUUUCUGACUACGCUGAAAAGGUUUUCUUGAUAUGUUUUGCAGUUGAUUGGAGA